AUGCCCCAAAUAGAAAGCAUUCCCAAGUCAUACAGGCCAGUCAUUCCGCAGUCCAAGGCGCCAGCAGCGGUUCAGCUUCAAUCAGAAGACCUAGAGUCACCGGUCAGCUUUACAUUCGAAGCCAUCCGACCCAACAUAUUCAGGACGACAUUCACUUCGGACUCGCAUCCACUCCCUCCAUACCCGUCAAUCCCGCAGCCAGAGAGGAAGCUGGAUAAUGUCAACAUCAACUCCAACCAGAUCGGCGAGUCAAGUUGUUCCUUCGAGCUCGGUGACAUAAGAGCAUCAGUCGAUUGGAGUCAUGCUCCCGUCGUAUCCUUGGGCUGGCUGGGGUCGAGGGCGAUUCUGCAUGCCGACCUCGCAUUUCGUUCCUAUGUCGUCGAUGGCCAGGGUAUCGCCCACUACGUCCAGCAUGACCGCAAAGCCCUCCAUGUGGGAUUGGGAGAGAAAGCUGCCCCCAUGGAUCUCACGGCUCGGUAUUUCCAAGUGUCCGCCACAGAUUGCUUCGGGUACGAGGCAUACGCUACAGAUCCCAUGUACAAGCAUAUGCCGUUAUUGAUCAAGGCCACUCGUCACGGCUGCGUGGCAAUGGUUUCCACGAGCCAUAGUCGAGGAUCGUGGUCUGUUGGCUCAGAGAUCGAUGGUCUCUGGGGACACUUCAAGGUCUAUAGGCAAGACUAUGGAGGCCUCGAGGAGUACCUGAUCAUGGGACGCACCUUGAAGGACGUGGUUCGCAGCUAUGCAGAACUGGCCGGUUUCCCACUUCUCGCACCUCGUUGGGCGUACGGAUACUUGAGUGGGGGGUAUCGAUAUACGAUGAUGGACGAUCCGCCUGCUUACCAGACGUUGCUCGACUUCGCCGAGAAGCUGAAGGAGCAUGACAUCCCCUGCUCCGCGCACCAGAUGAGCUCGGGCUACUCCAUCGCCGAGACAGAACCCAGGGUGAGGAAUGUGUUCACGUGGAACAAGCACCGGUUUCCUGAGCCCGAAAAAUGGACUGCCCAGUACCACGCCAUGGGAAUAAGACUCUUGGCCAAUAUCAAGCCGUUUGUCCUGGCCUCGCAUCCUGACUACCAGUACCUGGCCGAGAAUCGAGGCCUGUUUACAGACCACCGAAACGGAAAAGCAGCGGAAAUGCGUUUGUGGAGCGCCGGCGGUGGUGAAAGCGGUACCGGCAGCCAUCUCGACUUUUCUUCUGCGGCGGCGUAUGAAUGGUGGGCCCGCGGCGUGGAGAGAUUAAGAGGCCAAGGGAUUGAUGCAAUGUGGAAUGACAACAACGAGUACACUCUGCCCAACGAUGAAUGGAAGCUGGCUCUAGAGACGGUCCCCAAAGCCAAAGGUAACAUCAACAACAACCAGGGAUCGGAUAACGUCGGACUCUGGGGCCGUGCCAUGCACACCGAAUUGAUGGCCAAAGCUUCAUAUCAAGGUCUCCUCCGAGCAGAGCCUGGGGUUCGACCCUUUGUCUUGACGCGAAGCGCCAGCAUCGGGACUUUGCGGUAUGCUUGUAGUUCUUGGAGUGGUGACAAUAUGACCAGCUGGGAAAGCAUGAAGGCGGCCAAUGCAAUAUCUCUCAACGCAGGUCUAAGUUUGAUGCACUGCUAUGGCCACGACAUUGGCGGGUUUGAAGGGCCGCAGCCUUCUCCUGAGCUGUUGCUCCGCUGGGUCCAGCUGGGAUGCCACCAGAUCCGCUUUGCCAUCAAUUGCUUCAAGACAUCUCCCCAAGACAACCAAGCCGGAGAGGUCAUUGAGCCCUGGAUGUAUCCGGAGAUCACGCCCAUGAUCAGGAAGGCAAUCAAAAGACGAUACGAGAUGAUGCCCUACAUCUACUCACUCGGCCUAGAGAGUCACCUGACAGCAAGUCCCCCCCAGAGAUGGAUUGGUUGGGGGUAUGAGUCUGACCCAGAGGUGUGGACAAAAGCCCUCAAGUCUGGCGAAGAGCAGUAUUGGUUUGGAGACACGUUGCUGGUCGGUGGUGUGUAUCAGCCUGGUGUCGAUACGGCCAGAAUCUAUCUCCCACGCCGUGCUGAAGAAGGAUUCGAUUAUGGUUACGUCAACCUCAAUGCGCCGUAUGAGUAUCAUGCGUCUGGCCAGUGGGUAUCUGUUUCGUCGCCCUGGAGGGAGAGCAUCCCAAUCUUCGCCAAAAUCGGUGGUGCGAUUCCCAUUGGUAAAAACGUACAAACACGAAUGCCCAGCGAUACCAAGCCAGACUGUAAAACUCUUCCUGAGGACGACUACAGGGGCCUCGAAAUAUUCCCGCCCAGAGGAAGCUCUCAUGGGAGAAGCUUCACCAGCUCUUGGUACGAGGACGAUGGCCUCUCUCUUCAUCCGGACAUCUCAUCCUUCAUGGUGUCAUACAGCUCCACGGAUGAAAAAGUGACAGUUCAACUUGCUGCUGGCGCGGACAAUGUCUUCAUCCCGCCAUGGAAAGAGGUAGUGUUCAUCUUGCCUCGAGGAGAUCAGAGAUAUGUUGAAUCGGCCAGUGGAGCCACGAUGGAGCGGAUUGCAUCACAAGACUGUGGGAGGGUUCGGUACAAGAUGCAAUUUCCUAGCACCAAGGGGGUAAAUGGCCCGGCGCUGUGCAAUGGACAUGGUCAGUAG